AUGCAAUUCCCCUCGCCUCCAGCCGCCAGGAGCUCCCCGGCGGCACAGGCAGCAUCCUCCCCCCAAGCAGCUGCUCCUGCACCUGGACAGCCUGGACCCUCGUGCCCUGCUCACGGGGCCUCGCGCAGGAGGCGCCCCGGGACUUCCCCUGCGGGCCGGGUGGAGGAGGAAGAGGAGGAGGAAGAAGAAGAGAGCUUGGGCCAGGACCCCAACCCUCCUAGGAACACCUGGCUGCGAUACUGCCACUUCUUUUUAAGGGGGAAGAGGAGAGAGCCGGCAAGAGCCAUGGGGGGCUGCGAAGUCCGGGAAUUUCUUUUGCAAUUUGGUUUCUUCUUGCCCCUGCUGACGGCUUGGACAGGAGACUGCAGUCAUGUCUCCAACCAAGUUGUGUUGCUUGAUACAACUACUGUGAUGGGAGAGCUAGGAUGGAAAACAUAUCCAUUAAAUGGGUGGGAUGCCAUUACUGAAAUGGAUGAGCACAACAAGCCCAUCCAUACAUACCAGGUAUGCAACGUCAUGGAACCAAACCAGAACAACUGGCUUCGUUCUAAUUGGAUCUCUCGUGAAGCUGCACAGAAAAUUUAUGUGGAAAUGAAGUUCACACUGAGGGAUUGUAACAGUAUCCCAUGGGUCUUGGGAACUUGUAAAGAAACAUUUAAUCUGUAUUAUAUAGAAUCGGAUGAAUCCCAUGGGACUAAAUUCAAGCCAAGCCAAUAUAUAAAGAUCGACACGAUUGCUGCUGAUGAGAGUUUUACUCAGAUGGAUUUGGGUGAUCGCAUCCUCAAACUCAACACUGAAAUUCGUGAGGUGGGGCCAAUAGAAAGAAAAGGAUUUUAUCUGGCCUUUCAAGACAUUGGAGCAUGCAUUGCCCUGGUCUCAGUCCGCGUAUUCUACAAAAAGUGCCCCUUCACUGUGCGGAACUUGGCUAUGUUUCCUGAUACCAUCCCAAGAGUUGAUUCUUCCUCUUUGGUUGAAGUACGUGGUUCAUGUGUGAAGAGUGCUGAAGAGCGAGAUACUCCUAAACUCUACUGUGGAGCUGAUGGAGAUUGGCUCGUUCCUCUUGGGAGGUGUAUCUGCAGUACAGGCUAUGAAGAAAUUGAAGGUUCCUGCCAUGGUAAGAUGCAAAAAUACAAAGAAUUUAUCACCUAUCUUAAAUUGUUUCUCAAAAGUUAUUGA